CGCGGCGCGCAGGCAUGAGCGUCCGGGCUGCAGCGGCGGCGCGGGCGGCGCGGAGCCCGGGGGUCGCGGGCUGGGCCCCGCGCGGCCGCCGCGCCGCCUCCCAGUGGCCGCCGCCGCCCGGCGUGGUGGACGUGGCGCGGCUGCUGCGCGACGCGGAGGCGGCGGCGGGGCCCGGGGCGGCGUUGGCGCGGGGGCCCGCGCGGCGCUCGGUGCUGCUGUUCCCGGGCCAGGGCAGCCAGGCGCUGGGCAUGGGCCGGGCGCUGCUCCGCUUCCCGCGCGCCCGCGCCCUCUACGCCGCCGCCCGGCGCGUGCUGGGCUACGACCUGCUGCGGCUCAGCCUGCAGGGGCCGCGGGAGGCGCUGGACCGCACCGUGCACUGCCAGCCCGCCGUCUUCGUGGCCUCGCUGGCCGCCGUGGAGAAGCUGCGGGCGCAGCAGCCCGCGGUGAUUGAGGGCUGCGUGGCCGCCGCCGGCUUCAGCGUGGGAGAGUUUGCCGCUCUUGUGUUCGCCGGAGCCAUGGACUUUGAUGAAGGGCUCCAUGCAGUGAAGGUGCGCGCGGAGGCCAUGCAGGAGGCCUCGGAGGCCGUGCCCAGCGGGAUGCUGUCCGUCCUCGGCCAGCCGCAGUCCAAGUUCGCCCUCGCCUGCCAGGAAGCGCGUGAGCACUGUGCGGCCUCGGGCCUGAAGGACCCGGUGUGCGAGGUGUCCAACUACCUCUUCCCCGACUGCAGGGUCAUCUCGGGCCACCUGGAGGCCCUGCGCUUCCUGCAGAAGAACUCGGCCAGGUUCCACUUCCGCCGCGCCAAGCUGCUGCCCGUGAGCGGCGCCUUCCACACGCGCCUCAUGGAGCCCGCGCAGGAGCCCCUGGCACGGGCGCUGCGCGACGUCCGCGUCCGCAAGCCCCUGGUGGCCGUGCACGCCAACGUCAGCGGGCACCGCUACGCCGACCCCAAGCACAUCCCCAGGCUGCUGGUGCAGCAGGUGGUGGCCCCGGUGAAGUGGGAGCAGACGAUGCACAUCAUCUACGAGCGGAAGAAGGGCACCCCCUUCCCCAGGACCUUCGAGGUGGGCCCGGGCAGGCAGCUGGGCAGCAUCCUCAGGAGCUGCAACAUGCAGGCCUGGAAGUCCUACAGCAGCGUGGACGUGGUGACGCCGGACGAGGAGGACGUGGACCCGGACCCGGACCCGGCCCCGGCCCCCUGAGGCGCCCUUUUGCUGGCAGGGCCCCGCCCACCCCUCUGGAGUGCCACCCAGGGGCCCACUUGCUCUGGGGCCCCGCCCACAGCCCUGGGCCCCGCCCACCUGCUCCGGAGCCCCGCCCCCUGCCCACGUGGUGGGGCUUGUGGCCCAGCGCCGUGAGCGCCAACGCCGGAGAAAGCAUUAAAGGUGCAUUUUCUCUA